AUGGAUGAACAAUCAUGCGGAAAAUCCUUCGAUGGCUCUGCAAUGCGUUAUGUUGAUGGAGUAUGGAUGUCAUUAGCUAAUACUAAGGAGUUACAUUUAAUUAAGGGUAAAGAUAACUUUAUUUCAAGGAUGUACAAAGGAAGACUAGAUAUCAUUUCUUGGCUAAUGUUUAAUGAUGCUGGAUGUUUUAAAACCUUAUCUAAUGUUAAUAAAGAUUUAGAAAAUGCAAAAUAUGAAAAUGCGUGA